UCCCCCGGCAAAACGAUCCUCGGUGUUCCUGCAUCUCACUAUACAUCGUCUCACACCCGUCAUCCAUUGCGCCCUCUCUUAUAAUAAAUCGGCCUCCUUCCAGCUUUGUGUACCUUUACUAUGCUCUCACGAUCAUGAAUCCUGUUCGACCGCCGCUGCUCGAAGCAGCACUGAGAUCUUGCUCAAGAGCCCGGCCCUCUGCCGCAUACCGCCACGCGCUCCAAACGCAGGGUCGACGAUAUGUUUCCGAAGGACGACGGCCAGGACCAGCAUCGGGCGUGCCGCAGCUCAACCAGGUGUGGUACCCAAAGACACGCAUAGCCGUGGGCGUCGUCUUCAUCGGGUCCUUGAUCUAUUCCAUGGUCACCGCCGACAAGGAAGCUCCUGCAACUGCGCAAGAUCAACCGCCGCAACCUCGCUCCGGGCAACAACUCGAUGCACCCUCAAUCGCCGAACGAGAUGUCUUAUUGAAGCGGGAGUCCGGCGUCAGCCAAAGCUCGCCCAUGCGGCUGCGUAUGGAGCAGUACAUCAAGCAAAAGCAACAAGAAAUCGUAAGAGCAUUGGAAGCGGUGGAUGGCAACAAAUUUCACGUGGAUGAGUGGGAAAGACCACAUGGCGGAGGCGGCAUUUCCUGCGUGCUUCAAGACGGCAAUGUCUUCGAAAAGGCGGGCGUGAACAUUAGCGUGGUCUAUGGCACACUUCCUCGAGCUGCAAUCUCCAAGAUGCGAGUCAAUCACAAAGCUCUGGAUCCCGAUGUCGAGAGCCUCGAGUUCUUCGCCUCUGGUUUGAGUCUCGUGCUGCAUCCACACAAUCCAAUGGCGCCGACUGUACAUCUGAAUUACCGAUACUUCGAAACGGCCAAUGCCGAUGGCACGACCAAUGCCUGGUGGUUCGGAGGAGGAACAGAUUUGACACCUUCCUAUCUCUUCGACGAGGACGCGAUACACUUCCAUCGAACGAUAAAGGAGGCUUGCGACGCACACGACAAGAACUACUACAGCAGAUUCAAGAAGUGGUGCGACGAGUACUUCAACGUGAAACAUCGCGGCGAAUCACGCGGCAUCGGAGGAAUUUUCUUCGACGACUUGGACGAGACCGAGAAAGACCAAGAAUCACUUUUCGCCUUUUGCCAGACUUGCUUGAAUGCUUUCCUGCCAUCGUACUUACCCAUCAUACAGAAGAGGAAGGAUAUGCCAUAUACAGAGAAAGAGAGGCAGUGGCAGCAAUUACGACGAGGUCGUUAUGUUGAAUUCAACCUCGUGCACGACAGAGGUACGGCUUUUGGUUUGAAUACGCCUGGGGCGCGGAUAGAGAGUAUUUUGAUGAGUUUGCCACUUACAGCUAGGUGGCAAUACCAGCAUGAGCCGGAGAGAGGUAGUAGAGAGGAUAGAUUGUUGCAAGUGCUCAAGAAACCCGUCGAGUGGGUUUGAGGCUUUGCUAGUGUACAGGCUAAACUGUAGAUAUUAAGGAAAAGAAGCAGAUCUUGACUGUAGCCGUCUCUCACCGGAGAGAUUCAGCGUCGACUUCGUCACCUUUGCGGUCAAUGGCCGAUUUCACCGCCUUUGCGAUCAUUGGCCGACUUUUUUGCUUGCGACUGGGACCACGAGGGCCUUGGCAAAUGCUAUCAUACUGCCAUCUGUUGCCUUCUUCCAAACACCUGGAAGAACACCUGGAAACAAUGGUCAGCAUGUCUAUCCGACGAGGCUUUGCUACUUAGCCAUGUUGCCCUUGCGACAAUGAUGUUACAUACCAUGCAUUACUGUCGUAGUAAAACCUUCCGCCGAUCCAUUAGCAGGCUUGUAUCUGAGCCUAUGAGCGCCCGGAUCGACAGGCUCGCCGGACCGCGGCCAUCUG